AUGAAUGAACAGGCACUAGUGCAUGUCCCAGCAUCAUCAUGCCAGGGCCCAGGUCACCAGACGGCCCUGCAUCGAGCUGCCAUGGUGGGGAACAGUGAUGCCAUGACUGCUCUGAUUCAGGGAGGCUGUGCUUUGGACCUGCAGAACAGAGACGGCAACACUGCACUGCAUGAGGUGUCGUGGCAUGGUUUCUCUCAGUGCGUCAAACUGCUGGUUAAAGCAGGAGCUGAUGUGCACAUCAAGAACAAGGGAGGGGAAACCGCUCUACAUGUGGCUGCUGCUCUGAACCAUAAGAAAACAGUUCAGCUCUUACUGGAGGCAGGGACAGAUGGGAAAAUCAAAAACAAUGCAGGUAAAACAGCACUCGACAAGGCGAGAGACAACAAUCAUAAAGAUAUGGCAAUUCUUCUGGCCAGGGCUCCUCAGGUACAUCGCUUCAUGCGAGGAAGAACAAUAUGGAAACGAAGAGAAAGAUUGAUAUCUGAGCGCAGGACCCAGUCUGUGACCAGAGUAGAAAUACUGCCCAAUAAAGAGGACAGCUGUUCUGUUGUGGAGGAAUGUCCCAACAGUGAACAAAUGCAGAGCAGAACCGCAGCAGAGCUGGAACCUCAGCGACAGCAGCAGCAGCAGCUUUAUCGCAAGACCCGAGCCACGAUCACCCACCCCGACAGCCACUGCAGGAGAAGAGACAGGAAGCAGACCUUGGACGAAGAUGAUCCGAGAAAUGGCAAGACUGACUCUCACAAUAAGAGAGAACUACUCUGUGACAGUGGUUUCACACAGCUUUUCACACAGUACCAUGAUGAGGAUGGCAACAUUAUACAGGCACCAGCCAGUGGAUGCCACUGUAAGCCUUUACUGAAGAAGCUGGAGGGUCAAAUGAAAGCCACUCAAGAGGAGAUGAUGCUGCACAUUCUCAAUGUCCAGGAGCGCGUCAGUAGCCGAAUGGGCAAAAUGGACCAAAGGAACAAACACCAGCAGGCAGCAGUGAGUCAUGAACUGAAGAUGUGGUGGAUGUCUCACCUAAACAACACAGACGUCCACAUCCCAACUAAUAGCCAGUAUUACAAACUCCUCCCUUCACCAUCUGUGGAGCUGUCUGAGGCAGACGCUGAUCUGGAAUCACUCCCCCUGCUGUCUGUGGUGUCUGGUGACAGCAGCACUUCACUGGCCAACUAUGUCAACAUCCUGCCAACAAAAUCUGGCCAAGGGGACCUUGAGCACGGGCAGGUGGGGAGGAGGACAUACUUUGAAAUGAGACUGAAAAGGUCACCAGAUGAUUACGAGAACACAGCCCUGUUUCAUCCACCCAGCAACCACAUCACAGAACUCCCCCUGGGCUCUGCUGACCCCCUCUGGAAACCUUCUGGAGUGCAGGACAGUCCUGUAGCUGCAGUGGUGCCAUUGUGUGGGGGGGGCUUCUCAAGCAGCAGCAGUCAGUCCAACAUCAGUGAACAAGGACCUGGAUUAAUCCCCCAUCAGGAACGCAGACAUGACAGGCAACACAUCAAACCCUUCGGAGAGUUGAUGAGUUCCUGCGAGCAUGAAAAGACGCACACUGACAGCACCACAACACUGGAAUGUUUCAUCAAACCCACGGAGCCCUCAUUCAACCAGGAGAGGAACUAUCUGCAUGCUAUGGAGGUGACCCAGCGUUUCUUUGACACGGUGUCCACUCAGCUGGAGCACUGGUACGAGAGGAAGCUUGUGGAGGUGGAGCAGCAGAUCGAGGUCAGGGCCCAGCAGGACAGGAAGGAGCUGAUGCAACGAAUCAGCACGCUGGAGGAGGAGCUUCAGAGGCUGAACACCAAUGAUAAUGCAGACAGCUGAUGCGUCUGGACAGUCACCAACACAGAAGGGAGAAUGAUUUAAGUUUAUCAGUUUGAUAGAAUAUUUAUCCACUCAGAUCU